GUCAGUUACGCGGUGAUUGUGGUAUCGUAAUAAUGGGUCUCAUUUGUGUGCUGUUGGUCAUUACGGUUUCUGUGCAUGUCACGGUGAAUGGUGUGAUCGGCAACCCAUUGUCUAACUUUGUAACAGUCCCUAAUUUGGGACCAACCCAUCCGAUGGAUAACCCUGACUGGGUACCCCCAACAGCUCCCACCAAAGAAAAGGACCGCGAAUAUUGGUUGACCAGUGGACAGGCUCGACUACGACGUCAACUGGAACUGAACGAGCAAAACAUAAACGUGGCCAAAAACGUUAUCAUCUUUCUCGGCGAUGGAUUGUCAAUACCAACACUCGCUGCCACCCGCAUGUAUUUGGGGGGCGAGGAACUGGAACUUUCGUUCGAAACCUUUCCCCACACGGGACUGGCGAAGACAUACUGCAUUAACUACCAGGUAUCGGAUUCAGCUUGUACGGCCGCCGCCAUCCUGACGGGAGUGAAGAACAAUUAUGGCACUAUCGGGGUCAGUGGUCAUGUGCCGCUAAGAAACUGUCCACUCAGCUUGCAGGAGUCGAACCGUUUGACAUCGAUACUGAAGUACGCCCAAGAGGAUGGUCGCUCGACGGGGAUCGUCACAAACACACGAAUCACCCAUGCAACGCCGGCCGUUGCGUACGCCGUCUCCGGGGCGCGAUACUGGGAAGAUGAUACGGAAUUACCCCCGGGCUGUGUAGACAUUGCAACGCAAUUGGUUCACGGCGACAUCGGGACGAACCUUACUGUAGCCCUUGGAGGUGGAUCAAGACAUUUCUAUCCAACCGGAACGUUGGACCGAAAUGGCGAACCGGGAAGACGCACUGAUGGUCGCAAUCUCGUCGAUGAGUGGAUCAACGAUGCAGUCGCUCGUGAGUUGCAGGCCCAGUUUGUUCACGACCAGACUGGACUCAUGGCCAUCCGACCCGAGCUGGUGGAUCGAUUGUUCGGUUUGUUUAGCGGAAACCACAUGUCUUAUAGGAUGUUGGCAGAUGCGCAACGUGAACCAUCGUUGCAGGAAAUGACAAUUAAAGCUUUGGAAAUUCUCCGACGCAAUGACCGUGGAUACGUACUACUAGUAGAAGGUGGACGAAUUGAUCACGCUCAUCAUGAUAAUUUGGCAAAGCUAGCAUUGGAUGAGACAGUAGAGCUACAUCGGGCCGUCGAGAGUGCUGUUCGACAGCUGGAUGAAAGCGUCCAGGAAACACUGGUACUGGUGACAGCCGAUCACUCGCAUACAUUCACGAUCGGAGGAUAUCCGGUGAGAGGUAACGAUAUCCUCUCGACCGGAGAUUUUUCGCGCUUCGACCGGAUGCCGUUCUUCACGCUAACUUACGCGAACGGACCAAGUUAUGCGGAUCAUUUCUAUGAAAAUGGGGGCCGCAGGAAUCCCGACGACAUGCGAGACCGAUUCCACGACCCCGACUUUACAUAUCCGGCCGCUGUUCCCUACGAGGAUGAAACCCACGGUGGAGACGAUGUAGCCGUAUUUGCCAAGGGUCCGUGGGCACAUAUUUUUAGUGGACUGUACGAGCAGCACGUCAUCGGACACGGACUCUUGUUUGCUGCCUGUCUAGGCCCGGAUACAUUCCAGCAAUCGGACGCUUGUCGUGAACGGCUGCGUGGAGGUACAGCAACACCCAUACGAGGCUUAGCACAACUACUAGCAAUACUUAUGGUGGUUGUAUACAUCCGAACAAAAACGUUGUUGUUAGUGUAAAAUCAAAAUUCAAAUGAAUGGUAAAGAUGAGUAAUACAAGCAAAAAACCAAAAUUACUUUAAGUAAGGGUAAUAAAUUGAUUGAAACGGCUUGGGAAACAUGCAUUAGGACAUUAUUUACAACCGAAUCCCGAUGAGUAUCCUUUUGCAAGUCGCAGUUGUACUAUAUGCAAACAGAAAACUCCUCGAGUGAAACAAACAAUAAACAAAAAACGCAACUUUUACGAUAACAAACGACACUUUUCGCUUUUUAUUUUGCAAACUUUUGUGUUCGUGUUUUUUUGGUACCGUUAACGGACCUAGCAUCCACCUUAUCCGGGGAUGGAAGCAUGGAAGACAAUUUGAACCUUUUAAUAUUUGAUUGUGCCUAUCCUAUCACUUUGUUCCAUGCUUGAAGUUAUUUUUUCGUUUUUCAUACAGCUUUCCCCGAUCCAAACGGACCGUAGCACAAACUUUCUAUUCCAGUGUGCCAUUUUGCUAUUUUCAUGCAACAACGCGGUCGGUAAUCGAUUCCAGGUUGUUUCUCCUGCGCCCACAACCAGAGCACCUGUAGGCCUUCGGAAACCGUAAUUAAUCAAAAACUUUUUCCCAGCUCCAACUGCCUUCGCUACUCCCCUUAAUGCUUCAGAGCGCGAGGGAUACUAGGGCAAAGCGACAGUAGGAUAUUUACCACCCCGUGUUACUUUCCUUCUCGCAGAGUGAAAUUAGAAUCACCUAAUGAAGUACCUCCGCUCGGUGCAAUCAAUCGAUUCGCACGGCACCUUCGCUAAAUACUUUCGUGCGAGACCAAGAUCGAGCAUACACCUUCAAGGUAUGUUGUUUCUAGACUAUUGCAAGAAAGCGGACGAAAGGAAAGUUGGAAUUCACUAAUACAAAUGGACAUUCCCAUCCCUGCGAAUGGUGGCUGUUUGGGAGAUGUGUAUAGCAUCCCAUUAGACGAACCGUGCUCCCUCUAACAACUGACCGCUAAUCCGAAUGAAAUUCCGCACGCCGCCCGUAUAUUCUCUGUUUUCUCUAUCCAUCAUGCUGCACGUGUCAGAAGUUUUGCUGUUCAUCGUUUCAAAUCCGUACACGAUACGUGCAGAUUGCUUUGCCAUUUGUACAGCUUUUACUCGACUAUGUUUCGUUACUUUCAAACACAGCAUGAAGCAAAUGAUUGGUCUUAUAAAAAUGAUCACUUACGGGGUUCCGUCUUUUUGAUGUUCGCGUUUGAGUUGGGAAACUGAUGUACAGCGAUUACUUGGAAGAGGCAUUACUUCGUGACCAACUCCACCUUUAGAAUAGUGAACAUAUCACAGGAAUGCUAUAAAAAUCAUAUCCUCCAGUAGAUCAAAAUAUUUAUAUUCGACAGGAAAGUAAAAGAAACUGUAAUGUCAUAAUGC